GGUUGGGUAACGCGGCGGUGGUGGCGGUGGAGCCGGAGCGGACGGCGGCAAGGGCAGGCUCUGCCUGUGAAAUGAGACCAUGACAACUGAUGAGGCUACAAAGAAGGAAGGCGAGGUCCAAGCAGCAACUCUUGCUGAACAAGGUGAAGAUAUAACACCAAAUAAAGAUCGAGGAGUUCUGAAGAUUGUGAAGAAACCAGGAAAUAAGGAUGAAUCUCCUAUGAUUGGAGACAAAGUUUAUGUCCAUUACAAAGGAAAGCUGGCCAAUGGAAAAAAGUUUGAUUCCAGCCGUGACAGGAAUGAGCCAUUUAUCUUCAGCCUGGGCAAAGGUCAGGUUAUCAAAGCAUGGGAUAUUGGGGUCGCCACCAUGAAAAGAGGAGAGAUCUGCCACUUGCUAUGUAGGCCAGAAUAUGCAUAUGGCUCUGCUGGUAGUGUACCAAAGAUCCCCUCAAAUGCAACCCUCUUUUUUGAGAUUGAACUGCUUGAUUUCAAAGGGGAGGAUUUAUUUGAUAAUGGAGGCAUCAUUCGUAGAAUCAAGCAGAAAGGUGAAGGAUAUUCUAACCCCAAUGAAGGAGCAGCAGUUCAGAUCCACUUGAAAGGGUUUUGCGAUGGCAGAAUGUUUGAUUGUAGAGAUGUAGCAUUCACUGUUGGAGAAGGGGAAGACCAUGACAUUCCCAUUGGAAUUGACAAAGCUCUGGAGAAGAUGCAAAGGGGAGAACACUGUAUCUUGCAUAUAGGAACACAAUAUGGGUUUGGUGAAGCUGGAAAGCCUGUAUUUGGCAUAGAACCAAAUGCUGAUCUUGUGUAUGAAGUUACAUUGAAAAGCUUUGAAAAGGCCAAAGAAUCCUGGGAGAUGGACACCAAAGAGAAGCUAGAACAGGCUGCCAUUGUCAAAGAAAAAGGGACUGUGUAUUUUAAGGAAGGCAAGUACUUGCAAGCAGUAAUUCAGUAUGGAAAGAUUGUAUCCUGGUUAGAAAUGGAAUAUGGCUUAUCAGAAAGGGAAUCUAAAGCUUCAGAAUCUUUAUUGUUGGCAGCCUUCCUCAACCUUGCUAUGUGCUACUUAAAGCUACGGGAAUACACUAAAGCAAUUGAGUACUGCAAUAAGGCAUUAGCACUGGACCAAGCCAAUGAAAAGGGCUUGUACCGAAGAGGAGAGGCAAGACUGCUUAUGAAUGAAUUUGAGUUGGCAAAAUGUGACUUUCAGAGAGUGCUAGAAGUGAAUCCACAGAAUAAGGCAGCCAAGUCACAAAUUUCCAUGUGUCAGAAGAAGACAAAGGAGCACAAUGAACGGGACCGAAAGAUAUAUGCCAACAUGUUCAAGAAAUUUGCAGAGAGAGAUGCAAAGGAGGAGGCCAGUAAAACUACAGAAGAGAAGGAGGAAACGCCAUCUUCAGAAAUUGAGCUUAAGAAGACAGUGACUGAAGGCAGUGACUCAGAGGGCCAUGUAUGACUGUGCAGCAGAAGGACAAUCCUGAAUUUAGCCUGCACCCAGACAGGUUUCUGAAGAACUCAGAAAUUCUACAGUGUUUAAUGUAAAGUUUGUUUCAAUAGGCAUUAUUGUGGAAGCAAAAGCCUAUCCAGAAGCUUCACAAGAAAUGAUAAAAUUACUGCCACUGCUGUGAACCAUGCUCAGCAGUGCACCAUAAACCGAGGACAGCAAGGGACCACAUCAAGUGGAACAAAUGGUUCAGCAACAAAUACCCACAAUGGUUCUUGAUUAUAGAUGGCUAGACAGUGACCAGGAUAGGGCCCUAUGGUGAUAGAAUACAAGAGCUGUCAGUUGUAUAGAUUUGGCAUUGCAUUUGGUUGUAUUUACGGUAGCACUACAUGGGUUUAUUCUGUAUGUCAGAAAGAAAGGCCCAAGUGCUGCCAAUUCAAGGUACCACUCUCAUGUUAGUAGAGUCAAGUGGAAAACAGUUUUAAAAGUCAGACUCCUGGGAUUUUAUUCUCUCUGUCUUGUAGUUCCAAUGGGUUUCUGUAGCACAAUAGUUUCUCAGGGAACUGAGUAGUCCAAAUCGUGCUAUUAUUGUGGUUCUUGUUAUUAAAUGAUUGCUUGCUGGCAAGGUCGCCAGUCUGUUGAUAACCGAGUAUAGCAGAAAUGCCAGCUUCUGGGCAUGAGCAUUUCCCCACCUCUCAUUCCCCACUGGGCUGUAAUAUAAUCAGCACCAAACAGCGCUGAUUAGCUGCUGCAGGAGGAGGGAAAGGAAUCUGGACUGAACCAGGCCAUUUUUCCCCCCUCUCCAGGAUCAGUUGGGUGUGGACAUAGGGAUGCUCAAGGACAGAAGCCUUUUUCGUUUUUACGCAUUUUUCUUGCAGUGUGGGUCAAACGUAUGCAGUAAUCAACUUGAAUUAUGUGUUGAGACCUAUUGAAUGCAUUGCUCAAGUUUAUAGCAUGAUAGCAAUCAGGAUAUUUUUUUAAAAAAAAAAGAAAAGAAAAACAUUUUCUUUCAAAAAAAAAUCAUUAUGAUUAGUUUCAUCAGUAAUACGGUGGCAAGUUUUGCAACAUUAAAAACACUUUU